GUCAGACACUCCGUUGAUAUACAAAGCUGUGCCAAGCUGGUUUGUAAGAGUGGAGCACAUGGUGGAGAAGCUACUGGAGAAUAAUGCCCAAUGCUACUGGGUUCCAGAUUUUGUGAGGGAGAAACGUUUUGGGAAUUGGCUUAAAGACGCCCGAGACUGGGCUGUGUCUAGAAACCGGUACUGGGGAACACCCAUCCCCUUGUGGGUCAGUGAGGAUCUUGAAGAGGUAGUUUGUGUUGGUUCUAUAGCAGAAUUAGAAGAGCUGUCUGGAGUAAAAGUCACUGAUCUCCAUAGAGAAAGCAUUGAUCACAUAGCUAUCCCUUCACGCUGUGGCAGGGGCUUGCUGCACCGUGUCCCUGAAGUCUUUGACUGCUGGUUUGAGAGUGGAAGCAUGCCUUAUGCACAAGUCCAUUAUCCAUUUGAAAACAAAAAAGAACUUGAAGAUGCUUUCCCUGCUGACUUCAUUGCUGAAGGCAUUGACCAAACCCGAGGAUGGUUCUACACUUUGCUGGUGCUGUCCACUGCUCUUUUUGGAAGGCCUCCUUUCAAGAACGUAAUAGUAAAUGGCCUCGUUCUUGCCAGCGAUGGCCAAAAAAUGAGCAAAAGGAAGAAGAAUUAUCCUGAUCCAAUGGCUAUUGUAAAUAGUUACGGAGCUGAUGCACUAAGGUUAUACCUGAUCAAUUCACCUGUGGUAAGAGCAGAAAAUCUGAGAUUUAAGGAGGAAGGCGUAAGGGAUAUCCUGAAGGAUGUUUUCCUGCCCUGGUACAAUGCAUAUCGCUUUCUUGUGCAGAAUGUUCAGAUCCUGCAGCACAAGGAUGAGGGAAGAGAAUUCCUUUACAAUGAGAACACAGUUAAGGAGAGCAAUAACAUCAUGGAUAAAUGGAUUCUUUCUUUCACCCAAUCACUCAUUCAGUUCUUCAAAGCUGAAAUGGCAGCUUACAGGCUGUACACAGUAGUCCCUCGAUUAGUGAAGUUUGUUGAUAUUCUCACCAACUGGUAUGUUAGGAUGAAUCGCAGGAGACUAAAGGGCGAGGAUGGGACUGAAGACUGCAUUAUGGCCUUGGAAACCUUGUUUAGUGUUUUAUUCUCCAUGUGCAGACUUAUGGCACCAUAUACUCCAUUUAUCACUGAGCUGAUGUACCAGAAUCUGAAGACACUUAUUGAUCCAGCCUCAGUUCAGGAAAAGAAUACUGAAAGCAUCCACUACCUCAUGCUUCCCCAAGUGAGGGAGGAUCUCAUCGACAAAAAAAUUGAAAGUGCCGUUUCUUGUUUGCAGUCUGUUAUUGAGCUUGGACGAGUAAUCAGAGACAGAAAAACCAUUCCAGUAAAGUAUCCUUUGAAAGAAGUUGUUGUUAUCCAUCAGGAUCCAGCAGCUCUGGAAAACAUCAGAUCUUUGGAGAAGUAUGUUCUUGAGGAACUUAACGUUCGCCAUGUGACGCUCUCUACGGAUAAAGACAAGUAUGGAGUGCGGCUGAGGGCAGAGCCGGAUCACAUGGUGCUGGGCAAGCGCCUGAAAGGGGCUUUCAAGCUUGUCAUGGCUGCCAUCAAAGAGCUGAAGAGUGAGCAGCUGGAGGAGUUCCAGGAGACGGGCACCAUUGUUGUAGAAGGACAUGAACUGCAUGGGGAAGAUCUUCGUCUCAUGUAUACCUUUGAUCAGGUUGCAGGAGCAUCUACCCAGUUUGAGGCACAUUCUGAUGCCCAGGUUUUAGUUCUGCUAGAUGUUACACCAGACCAGUCCAUGGUGGAUGAAGGAGUUGCCCGGGAAGUGAUUAAUCGCAUCCAGAAGCUUCGUAAAAAGAGAAAUCUGGUUCCUACAGAUGAGAUCACAGUGUACUACAGAUCACAUCCAGAAGGUGACUACCUGGAUACUGUUAUUAAGGAACAUAUGGAUUUUAUUUUUUCAACAAUAAAGGCUGCCCUGAAGCCUUACCCGGUGCCUACCUCAAAAGAAGUUCUCAUCCAGGAAACAACCCAACUGAAGGGUUCAGAGCUAGAAAUUACGCUCGUCAGAGGUGGUUUGUGUCAGUGUGUUGGGCCAGCCUGUGCCUACGUCAACCUGAAAGUUUGUGUUAAUGGGACAGAGCAAGAUGGUGUGUUGCUGCUGGAAAAUCCAAAAGGAGAUAACACCUUGAACUUCACUGGACUUGUAGAUGCUGUAUCCUGCAUUUUUGGUCUUAAAAAUUCAAAACUGACAGUUUUUAAUGGAAAAAAAGAACUGAUAAACAAAACUGACUUGCUUAGUCUCAGCGGAAAGACUCUACAUGUGACAACAGGCUCAGCACCCACUCUGAUCAGCUCUCCUGAUGCUCUGCUCUGCCAGUAUAUCAACCUGCAACUAGUGAAUGCAAAACCACAAGAAUGUCAGAAAGGAAUGGUGGGAACUCUUCUAAUGGAAAAUCCUGUUGGUCAGAAUGGAUUAACAUACCAAGGCCUUCUACAUGAGACUGCAAAGGUUUUUGGGCUCAGAAGCAGGAGGCUAAAAUUGUUCCUGGAUGAAGCGCAAACUCAGGGUAAGCACGAAUUUUUGUGUUGCUUGUCGAAGGAUGCUUGCAGGUUUUUGUAG